AUGGAGAAAACUCUGCACACCCCAAUGUACAUACUCAUCUCUCUUCUCCUGAGCGUGAAUUUGACAUACUCCACCAGUCUCCUGCCCAAGAUGAUAUUAAGUUUUUUUGGAAUGAACCAGAUCUCUCUCUUUGGCUGCCUUGCCCAGAUGUUCUCUGUAUAUUCCUGUAUCAUGAUGGAGUCCAUUUUGAUGCUUUUAAUGGCAUUUGACCGAUAUAUAGCAAUCACAAGGCCUCUUCACUACUGGGAAAUAAUCACCAAGAAUCUUCUGGUCACAUUUUCAAUCAAUGGUUUGAUCCGAAAUUGCUUUCUUGUGUUUCCUCUCGUUAUCUUGUCUGCCAGCAUGAGGUAUUGCAAGUCUAACAUUAUCCCACACUUUCACUGUGAGAACCAGGUACUCCUUCAACUCGCAUGUGGAGAUAUUUCCAAGAAUCUGUUUAUAGGAUUGUUUGUGAGAACAUUUAUUACUGUAUGUGAUGUUACCAUUAUUAUAAUUUCUUAUAUUCAGAUUCUUCAAACAGCCAUGAAGAUCGCAGCUGGAAGUGCUCGGAAAAAAGCCUUGAACACGUGUUCUACACACAUCAUGGUUGUCAUCACCAUAUACCUGACGGGAUUGUUAGCCUCCAUUCUGUACUUCACUAGUUCGACCAUCUCAUACAAUGUUCAAAAUCUCUGCAGUGCUGUUUAUUUUUUCUUUCCACCCACUGUCAAUCCAUUUAUUUUUGGUUUACGAAUGAACGAGAUUAAGGAGAGCUUGCUGAAACCUUGGAGAAAAAAAAACAAACCUAUUUUAAUAAGGCCCACUCCAAAUAAUAUUGUGAUGGGCUAG